UCUCUGCAAAGGGAGUGAACAAACGUGUGCGUUUGUGUUCAAAGUUGUCUUCAGAGUUCGACAGACAUGUUCCGACAGGUGUCAUUUAAGGAGCUGAUGAAAGUGUUUGGUGUUGGAGCCGUAGCACUCGUGCUGGGGGUAGAGUGGUUAGACUGGCUGAUGCGUCGCCUGGGGUUCCGCAGAGUCUCUCGCCUGAAAGAGGUCUUGUUCUUCCCGUCACCCCAAACCUGCGUCGAGCACCUGUUCACACCUGCCAGAAGCUUCCCCUGUGCAUGUCCCCUCCCCCAUGGCACUGAGACAUCCUUCUCCAGGCUCCUUGGACAUCUCCUCUCUGCGUGUGUGUCUCUGGACCUGUGUGUGUUCUCAUUUUCUCAUGUGGAGCUGAGCAGGGUGGUUCUCCAUCUGCACAAUCGCGGAGUCACUGUACGAGUUGUUACCGAUAGAGACUACAUGGCCAUCACUGGGACUCAGAUUGGCACCCUUCGUAGGGCAGGUAUCUGUGUGAGGCACGAGAUGAGCUCAGCCGUUCAUAUGCACCAUAAAUUUGCAUUAGUAGAUGGCAGGAAACUGAUCACUGGCUCCCUCAACUGGACCCUCACUGCAGUCCAGAGCAACAAAGAGAACGUCAUGGUUACAGAGGAGCCGGAGCUUGUGCGGCCCUAUCUGAAGGAGUUUCAGAAGCUGUGGGAGGCCAAUGAUCCUGCCAAUCACAAACAACAAGCUGCUAAAUAAAUAGACAGAUAUUGUGGAUUGAAGUAUGAUUCAUUCAAGACAUGGGGCUAAUCUUUACUCUUGCUGCUUUUUCCUCAAGGUUUACGUUAUGUGGUUCUAAACAGAAAAGUUUACUUUUAUGUUAGUUAAAUUUUAGAUAACAAUUUUUUUGUUUAAUGUGACUGACGGCCUCUUAAAGGGAUAGUUCACCC